CCGCUUUACUAGUAUUCUUCGAAUUGCGACUAGAUUUCCGGAAUAUGUUAAAUCAAGAAGAUCACGAGUGCAAUUGUAGUUAUGUAUAUAGACCAGUUCUUCCAGCAAUUUCUACCAGAAAAUAAAUGUAAACCAACUUUGACGCGAAACAAGUUCUUCAAAGGAUUGAGUAUUGAAUCGCUAGUCACGAAUAUACAAUAAAAUUAUAGAACGGAAGUUUGGAUGUCAUUGCCAACGUACUUGUGAACCCGUGACAGAGUAAUUUUUGUAUCAAAUAUGAAGAGAUUAUCGGAAGAAAGGACUAAACUAGUGUUCGAAAAACUUACAAAAUAUCUAGGAGACAAUUUAAAAGUUUUGAUAGACCGACCAGAUGGUACUUAUUGUUUUCGAGAAAGAAAAGAUAGAGUUUAUUAUGUGUCAGAGAAAAUAUUGUCUCUUGCUAGUACUGUUGGUUCUGAUCACUUGGUAAGCUUAGGAACUUGUUUUGGAAAGUUCACUAAGUCAGGAAAAUUCAGACUUCACAUAACGGCUCUGAAUUACUUGGCUCCUCAUGCACAGUAUAAAAUUUGGGUAAAACCUUCAGCGGAACAACAGUUCCUCUAUGGACACCACAUUGCAAAAUCUGGACUAGGUAGAAUAACAGAAAAUACACCACAGUAUCAGGGAAUAGUAGUGUUUUCCAUGAACGAUUUGCCAUUGGGUUUUGGAGUUACGAGUAAAAGUACAGCAGACUGCAAGCAUGCGGAUCCAAUGUCAACUAUUUGUUUUCAUCAGGCAGACAUUGGAGAAUAUAUCCGAUCUGAAGAUACACUACUUUAGUUAAAAUAUUGUAUAUUAGAGUAUUAUAAUACAUAAGACACUAAAAUAAUUGAUGUGCUGAUUGACACAUGUACCUAAAGUGUAUAUUUCCCCAAAAGAACUUAAUCACAAAAGAUUUUAUAUAAUGUAAUAUAACGAAAAAUACAAACAAUUUAACUUA